CCGCUUCUGGUUCCUACAGCAACAAUUUGUCCCCAUUUGGCCCUGCUCUUCUCUCUCAUUUCCCUAAACAUUUCAUUUCAAAACCGUCCCCUUCUCUCUCUCUCUCUCUCUCUCUCACUCUGUGCGAAUAGGGUUUGGAGCUUCGGAAUCCUAAUUCCACCGACUUCAGACUACGCUACUCUCUCUGCAACCAAUGGCAAUGCUCGCCGGCCGAUCACCCUCACUUUGUGCAUUGCUGAGGUCAUAAUCCGGUCGAUCGUGGCCGGUGAUCAUCGGUUCGAUUCGCAGCCAUGUUCGAAGCACACGUCCUCCAUUUGCUUAGAAGAUAUUUGGGGGAAUAUGUUGAAGGACUCUCUGUCGAAGCUUUAAGAAUAAGUGUUUGGCAAGGUGAUGUUGUUCUCAAAGAUUUGAAAUUAAAGGCAGAGGCCCUAAAUUCACUAAAACUUCCAGUCACUGUAAAAGCUGGUUUUAUUGGUACCAUUACAUUAAAGGUUCCAUGGAAAAGUUUGGGCAAAGAACCUGUGAUUGUUCUCAUUGACCGUGUAUUCAUCCUUGCUCAUCCUGUUACUGAUGACAGGACUCUCAAGGAGGACAGAGACAAACUAUUUGAAGCUAAACUUCAAGAGAUUGAGGAAGCAGAGUCAGCAACUCUUGAAGCAAUAUCAAAGUCAAAGAUAGGAAGUCAAUCUAAUGGAAAUUCAUGGCUAGGUUCCCUUAUUGCUACUAUUAUUGGGAAUCUAAAGAUAUCAAUUAGCAAUGUACAUAUAAGAUAUGAGGAUUCGGUCAGUAAUCCAGGACAUCCCUUUUGUUCGGGUGCCACUUUAGCCAAACUUGCUGCUGUUACAAUGGAUGAGGAAGGGAAUGAAACAUUUGAUACCAGUGGUGCUCUUGAUAAGUUGCGAAAGUCAUUGCAACUAGAGAGACUAGCAAUGUAUCAUGAUUCUGAUAGUGUACCGUGGAAGAUAGAUAAGGGAUGGGAGGAUCUUACUCCAAAGGAAUGGGUUGAGAUUUUUGAAGAUGGAAUACGUGAACCUGUGGAUGACCAUGCAAUGGUGUCUAAGUGGGCUAUGAAUCGCAAGUAUUUGGUCUCACCUAUAAAUGGAGUUCUAAAGUAUCACCGUGUAGGAAACCAAGAAAAAAAUGAUCCAGAGGUUCCGUUUGAGAACGCUUCCCUUGCCCUAAGUGACGUUUCCUUGACAAUGACAGAGGCUCAAUAUUGUGAUUGGAUAAAACUAUUGGAAGUUGUUUCCAGAUACAAGAGAUAUGUUGAAUUUUCUCAUCUAAGACCAGCGCUACCAGUCUCAGGGGCUCCAUAUUUGUGGUGGCGUUAUGCUGCUCAAGCAGGACUUCAGCAGAAGAAAAUGUGUUACCGGUUCUCUUGGGACCGCAUUCGGCUUCUUUGCCAGCUUCGUCGCCGUUACAUUCAGUUAUAUGUUGGUUUCUUACAACACCUGACAAAUGUUGAUAAUGCUGAAAUUAGAGAAAUUGAGAAAGAUUUGGAUCCUAAAGUAAUUCUUCUGUGGAGGUUACUUGCACAUGCAAAGGUGGAAUCUGUAAAAUCGAAGGAAGCGGCUGAACAGAGGAUGCUCCAGAAGAAAAGCUGGUUUUCAUUUAGAUGGCGUACACCUGAUGAAUCUGCUGAUGAUACUUCUGAGGGAUCACAGUCACCAGAAGAAAGACUGACUAAAGAGGAGUGGCAAGCAAUUAAUAAGUUACUGAGUUACCAGCCAGAUGAAACAUUGGCAUCUCACUCAGGAAAGGACAUGCCGAAUAUGAUCCGGUAUAUGAUAACUGUGUCUAUUGAUCGGGCUGCUGCUAGGAUCAUUGAUAUAAAUCACACUGAGAUUUUGUGUUGUAAAUUUGAGCAACUUCAAGUGUCAACGAAGUUUAAACAUAAAAGUACAUACUGUGAUGUGUCAUUGAGAUUCUAUGGUCUGUAUGCACCGGAAGGCUCGCUUGCUCAGAGCGUAUCUAGUGAGCAGAAGGCGAAUGCACUGGCUGCUAGCUUUGUAUACUCUCCAGUUGGAGAGAAUGUUGAUUGGAGGCUUUCAGCUACCAUUUCACCUUGUCAUGUCACGGUUUUGAUGGAAAGCUGUGAUCGCUUUUUGGAUUUUGUGAAAAGGAGUAAUGCAGUUAGUCCUACUGUUACAUUGGAAACGGCAACUGCUUUGCAGAUGCAAAUUGAGAAAGUGACUCGUAGAGCACAAGAGCAAUUUCAAAUGGUAUUAGAAGAACAAAGCAGAUUUGCCCUUGAUAUUGAUUUGGAUGCUCCAAAAGUAAGAGUUCCUAUCAGAACCAAGGGCUCUUCCAAAUGUGAUAGCCAUUUUCUAUUGGAUCUUGGUCAUUUCACCCUGCAAACGAAGGAUACUCAGCAUGAUGAACAGAAGAAGAACAUGUAUUCUCGUUUUUUUAUAACUGGAAGAGAUAUUGCUGCAUUUUUUACGGAAUGUGGUUCCGAUUGCCAAAUUCGCACUUUGGAAUCACCUGAUUCUGAUAACCACCCACUGGUUACCCCGGAAAAUGUUGACAAUUUCUAUCCUCUCAUAGAUAGGUGUGGGAUGGCUCUACUUGUUGAUCAGAUCAAAGUACCUCACCCAAGUUACCCGUCAAUGCGUAUUUCAAUUCAAGUGCCAAACCUCGGGGUGCACUUUUCACCAUCGAGAUUUCAGAGACUCAUGAAAUUAUUAAACAUAUUUUAUGGUACUCUGGAAACUGUUGGUCAGCCUGCUGUUGAUAAUUUUCAAGCAGAACGUGCCCCAUGGAGUCCUGCAGAUCUUUACACAGAUGCUAGAAUUUUAGUAUGGAAGGGGAUUGGCAAUUCUGUGGCUACAUGGCAACCUUGUUUUCUUGUGUUGUCGGGGACAAAUAUUUUUGUUUUGGAGUCUGAGAAGUCGCAGACUUAUCAGCGAUACUCCAGCAUGGCUGGUAGACAAGUAUGUGAGGUUCCUCCUACAAGUAUUGGUGGUUCACCAUUUGGCCUUGCUGUGAUUCACAGGGGGAUGGACACUCAAAAGGCUCUGGAGUCUUCUAGUAGCUUGAUUAUUGAGUUCCGUGGGGAGGAGGAGAAGGUCGUUUGGUUGAAAAGACUCAUACAAGCAACAUAUCAAGCUUCUGCUCCCCCUUCAGUUGAUGUCUUGGGAGAAACAAUUGAUCGUGUUGCUGAGUUUGGUGAGCCUCAGACCGGCAAUUCUAAAACAGCUGACCUUGUCAUUAAUGGGGCAUUGGUGGAGACAAAGUUAUCUAUUUAUGGAAAGAUGGGUGAUAAAGAUGCUGAAGAACUUGAUGAGACUCUGAUGCUUGAGGUUCUUGCCAGUGGGGGGCAGGUUCAUAUGAUUCUUUGGGAAGGUGACAUGACACUUAAGACAAAGCUUCACUCUCUAAAAAUCAAAGAUGAGCUUCAAGGUCGUCUCUCUACAACCCCACAGUAUUUAGCUUGUUCUGUGCUGAAGAGUGACAAUUUAGUUUCAUCCCCCGGCAUAAUUGAUCCACAUUGGAAAGAAAUGUCUGUUUUACUUCAUGAGGAGGAUGAUACUUUUACGGAUGCUUUGCCAGAUUUUAUGUCUGUAUCAGAUGCAGGCUUUGGUUCACCAACUUCAGAUACGGUUUCAUGUGUAACAACUGAGGACAUCAAUGAUGCUGCUGGCUUUGCCUCUGCUGAAGGCUUAGUCCUUGAAAAGAAUCUUGUUAAGGCAAGGUGCAUUUCUGCUGAGGAAUUUUAUGAGGCGGAGGGUAGUGACUAUUCCAAUUUUGUAUCUCUCACCUUCUCGACUCUGAGUUCUAGUUCACCUCAUUAUGAUGGUAUUGACACACAGAUGAGCAUCCGUAUGUCAAAACUGGAAUUCUUCUGCAACAGACCUACUUUGGUCGCUUUAAUUGAUUUUGGCCUGGACUUAAGCUCUGUGUACAGUGAGGAAAGUACUGCAGACAUUACUGAAGGUUCAGGUGACAAAUCUGUGACGAACAAAGAAAAAACUGAAGAAAUUGGGCGUGUCAAAGGCUUGCUGGGUUAUGGUAAAGGUCGUGUAGUAUUUUAUUUGAACAUGAACGUGGACAGUGUGACUGUGUUUCUCAACAAGGAGGAUGCUUCUCUGCUUGCGACGUUUGUGCAAGAAAGUUUUGUGCUAGAUCUGAAGGUCCACCCAAGUUCUCUUUCCAUUGAAGGCACCCUAGGAAAUUUUAGACUCCGUGAUAUGUCUCUUGGAGAAGAUAACUGUUGGGCUUGGCUAUGUGAUAUACGCAAUCCAGACGUGGAAUCCCUUAUCAAGUUCAACUUUAAGUCUUACAGUGCUGAAGACGAUGAUUAUGAAGGAUAUGAUUAUAGUUUGUGUGGUCGAUUUGCUGCUGUUCGUAUUGUCUUCCUUUACAGGUUUGUUCAGGAGAUAACCGCAUACUUUAUGGAACUUGCUACCCCACAUACUGAAGAUGCAAUCAAACUUGUUGAUAAGGUUGGGGGUUUUGAGUGGCUAAUUCAAAAGUAUGAGAUUGAUGGAGCUGCCGCACUUAAGCUGGAUCUGUCACUCGAUACUCCAAUAAUCAUUGUUCCCAGGAAUUCAACUAGCAAUGAUUUCAUUCAACUUGAUCUGGGCCAGCUACAAGUCACAAAUGAAUUUAGUUGGCAUGGUUCUCCAGAGAAAGAUCCUUCUGCAGUCCACAUUGAUGUACUUCAUGCUGAGAUUCUGGGGAUCAACAUGUCUGUAGGAAUCGACGGUCGCAUGGGUAAAUCAAUGAUACGAGAAGGCAAAGGAUUUGAUGUUUUUGUCCGGAGAAGUUUGAGGGAUAUCUUCAAAAAAGUCCCAACAUUUUCUCUUGAAGUGAAGGUGGGCUUAUUGCAUUGCGUCAUGUCUGACAAAGAAUAUAAAGUCAUUCUGGAUUGUGCAUACACGAACUUAUGUGAAGAACCAAAGCUUCCCCCUAGUUUCCGUGGUGGAAUAUCUGAUUCAAAGGAUACAAUUAGGCUGCUGGUUGAUAAGGUCAACAUGAAUAGUCAAAUCCUACUAUCGCGGACUGUUUCGAUAGUGGCGGUUGUGGUUGAUCAUGCACUGUUGGAGUUGUAUAAUGGUAUUCAUGUGGAGUCUCCUUUCGCUCAAAUUGCUCUUGAAGGUCUUUGGGUGUCGUAUCGGAUGACUUCAUUGUCUGAAACAGAUCUGUACAUAACAAUUUCAAAAUUUUCUGUUGUGGACAUUCGCCCUGAUACAAAACCUGAAAUGCGCCUUAUGCUUGGAUCAUCCACGGAUGCUUUUAAACAAGUUUCCUCUGGAAGUUUGCCUUUUUUCUUAAAUAGGGGGAGCUUUAGGAGAACUGACUCUGAUGCUGGAUUCCAUGGGGACUUACCAAUAUCAACAAUGUUCUUAAUGGACUAUAGAUGGCGCACAUCAACCCAAUUGUUUGUGGUUAGGAUUCAGCAACCUAGAGUUCUAGUUGUAGCCGAUUUCCUUUUGGCUGUGGGCGAGUUUUUUGUUCCUGCAUUGCGGACAAUAACUGGUAGGGAGGAAGUGAUGGAUCCUCAUAAUGAUCCUAUUGGUAAAAACAGUAGCAUAGUGUUCACAGAGCCUACAUACAAACAGACAGAAGAUGUGGUGCAUUUGUCUCCAAGUAGACAGUUAGUAGCAGAUUUUUUAAGCAUCGAUGAAUAUACAUAUGAUGGUUGCGGAAAGACCAUCCAUUUGAGUGAGCAAAUAGAUGCUGAAGAACUCCAUUCAACUAGACCUCGACCAAUAAUUAUAAUUGGACGUGGAAAAAGGUUGCGGUUUAUGAAUGUCAAAAUUGAGAAUGGGUCUCUUUUGAGGAAGUAUACAUACUUAAAUAAUGAUAGCAGCUACUCAGUAUCCUUUGAGGAUGGUGUUGACAUUACGUUGCUGGAAAGUUCCUCAUCUGAUGAGGAUAAGAAGAGUCUAGAAUACUUCCAUGAAUCGCCAGACUCCUCAAAUAUUUCCUCAAAUUCUGAAAGUGAUCCUAAUAAGAUCCCAAGUUUCAGUUUUGAAACACAGGUUGUUUCUCCUGAGUUUACUUUUUAUGAUGGUUCAAAGUCGUCUCUGGAUGAUUCAUAUGGUGAAAAGCUUCUCCGUGCAAAGCUGGAUUUUAGCUUCAUGUAUGCAUCUAAAGAAAAUGAUACCUGGGUUCGAGCUCUAGUGAAGGAUCUUACUGUUGAGGCUGGUUCUGGGCUUGUUGUGCUUGAUCCAGUGGAUAUAUCUGGGGGAUACACUUCCGUUAAGGACAAAACAAAUAUGUCCUUGUUAUCAACUGAUAUCCGCUUCCAUCUAUCACUAAGUGCUAUAUCUCUUAUAAGUAAUUUGCAAAGCCAGGCAACAGCUGCAUUGCAAUAUGGAAAUUCAGCACCCUUGGCUCCUUGUACCAACUUCGAUCGAAUUUGGGUAUCCCCAAAAGAAAAUGGGUCCUGUUUCAACCUUACGUUUUGGAGGCCUCGAGCACCUUCAAAUUAUGUUAUUUUGGGAGAUUGCGUGACAUCAAAGCCAGUUCCUCCCUCACAGGCAGUAAUGGCAGUGAGUAAUACAUAUGGGCGUGUGUGUAAACCAACUGGUUUCAAUCUCAUAGGAUUGUUCUCUGCAAUUCAAGGAUUUACGGGGGAUGACUCUGAUAUUAAUACAGAUUGUUCUCUUUGGAUGCCAAUAGCACCACCAGGAUACACAGCAUUGGGUUCUGUAGCAAAUAUUGGGAAGGAACCCCCACCCAACCACAUUGUUUAUUGCAUUCGUUCCGAUCUUGUAACAUCAACAACCUAUAUAGAAUGCUUGUUCCGCUCUGCAUCAAAUCCUCAAUUUGCAUCUGGAUUUAGCAUCUGGCGUGUAGAGAAUGUGCUUGGAUCAUUUUAUGCCCAUUCUUCUACUGAAUGCCCUUCCCAUGCCCGUUGUUGUAACCUCAAUCAUCUUCUUCUUUGGAACUCAAGUCGGCAUCAUUCUUCUGCUAAAGAACCUGCCUUAGAUUUAGCUGUUGUUGAAAACUGUGAAAGUCAGGUAAGCAGAAACCAGAGUGCACAUUCUUCUGGAUGGGAUAUUGUCAGAUCAAAUUCAAAGGCAACUAAAUGUUAUAUGUCUACCCCUAACUUUGAGAGAAUCUGGUGGGACAAGGGUAGUGACAUUCGCCGACCAGUCUCAAUAUGGAGACCCAUUCCUCGUCAAGGCUAUGCCAUCUUGGGUGAUUGCAUUACUGAAGGCUUAGAACCACCAGCUGUUGGCAUAAUAUUUAGAGCUGAUGAUCCUGAAAUAUCUGCGAAACCCGUGCAAUUUACUAAAGUUGCCCAUGUGGUAGGGAAAGGUUUUGAUGAAGCUUUCUUCUGGUACCCAAUUGCUCCACCAGGUUAUGCUUCUCUAGGAUGCAUAGUCUCCAGAAUAGAUGAACCCCCAGGUGUAAACUCAUUUUGCUGCCCUAGGAUGGAUCUGGUUAACCAAGCUAAUAUUCUUGAGGUGCCCAUUUCAAGAUCUUCAGCUUCAAAGGGUUCUCAGUGCUGGAGCAUCUGGAGAGUUGAAAAUCAGGCAUGCACUUUUCUUGCACGUGGUGAUCUGAAAAAACCGUCUAGCAGAUUGGCUUAUGCUAUUGGUGACUCCAUGAAACCCAAGACUAAGGAAAACAUAACUGCUGAGGUGAAGCUAAGAUGCUUGUCUGUAACUGUUUUAGACAGCUUGUGUGGAAUGAUGACCCCACUAUUUGACACAACAAUCACCAAUAUCAAACUUGCAACACAUGGUCGACUAGAAGCCAUGAAUGCAGUACUAAUUUCCUCUAUUGCUGCAUCAACCUUCAAUACUCAGUUGGAAGCGUGGGAGCCGCUUGUGGAACCUUUUGAUGGAAUAUUCAAGUUUGAAACAUAUGAUUCUAAUGUACACUCGCCAUCAGAAUUUGGGAAGACAAUGCGUAUUGCUGCCACAAGUAUCGUUAAUAUAAAUGUCAGCGCUGCAAAUCUUGAAACUUUUGUAGGGACUAUUCUGUCAUGGAGAAGACAAUUAGACCUUGAACAGAAAGCAAAGAAGAUAAAUGAGGAAGCUUGUGGUCUAAGCGGUAAAGGAGAGGACCAGACUUUGUCUGCACUGGAUGAUGACGACUUUCAGACUGUGAUAGUAGAGAAUAAACUUGGUUGCGAUGUCUAUCUCAAAAAAGUUGAACAAAAUUCAGAUAUGGUGAACCAGUUGCAUCAUGGUGACUCUGUCUCUGUAUGGGUUCCACCUCCACAGUUUUCAGACAGGUUAAAUGUUGCAGAUGAAUCCAAGGAAGCUCGUUAUUAUGUUGCUAUACAAAUUCAUGAAGCUAAGGGUUUGCCUAUUACAGAUGAUGGUAAUAGCCAUAACUUCUUAUGUGCUUUGAGACUUGCUGUUGAUAGCCAGGCAACAGAUCAACAAAAACUAUUUCCUCAAAGUGCAAGGACAAAAUGCGUUAAGCCUUCAGUUUCAAAAAAUAGUAACCUGAAUGAAGGCUCUGCAGAAUGGAAUGAACUUUUCAUAUUUGAAGUUCCUCGGAAGGGCCCAGCUAAACUGGAAGUGGAGGUGACAAACCUCGCAGCAAAAGCUGGAAAGGGUGAAGUAGUUGGUGCACUCUCAUUUUCUGUCGGGCAAGAUGCGAAUAUGUUGAGGAAGCUAGCCUCAGUGAAGGUUCUCCAUCAAGGUCAUGAUAUUCAGAAUAUAGUAUCCUAUCCGCUAAAGCGGACGGUUCAACAUAACCAACUUGAAGACCCGGACGAAUAUGGUUGCCUGUUGGUUUCAACUUCUUAUUUUGAGAGGAAAACAACUCCAAGUCUUCAAAGAGAUUUGGAGAAUGAGAAUGUAGUUGAUAGAGACAUAGGUUUCUAUAUUGGUCUGGGCCCCAAAGGUGUUUGGCAGGGCAUACGGGCGUUGCUUCCAUUGUCAGUUGUUCCAAAAUUGUUACAGGAUGAUUUUAUUGCUCUGGAAGUUAUGCUGAAAAAUGGCAGGAAACAUGCUAUUUUCAGGGGUCUUGCAACAGUUGUAAAUGAGACUGAUGUUACAUUGAAACUUUCAGUAUGUGGUGCUUCUCUGAUUCAAGUUUAUGAUUCCUCAUCUGGAACAAGUGGAAACAUAAAUCGCCCUAGGAAUGAUGUCUCUGCCAUAAACCCUGGAGGUUCAUUUGUUUUACCUUGGAAAAGUACAUCAAGUGAUUCUGACCAGUGCUUACAAAUUUGCCCUUCUGUUGAUCAUCCUCAGCGUCCAUAUUCCUGGGGUUCUGUUGUUGCGGUGGGAUCUGGUUAUGCAUCUGGAAAGGACUUGACGGUUAUGGAUCAGGUUUCACUUUCAGGACAGUAUACUUCAAAGCAAGAAAAUACGAUGCCUAAUGUUACUUUUCAGUUGAAUCAGCUUGAGAAGAAAGAUAAACUUCUGUGUUGUACUAGUAACGUAAAUAAACAACUUUGGCUUAGUGUUGGGGCAGAUGCCUCAGUUCUUCAUACUGAACUCAACGCACCUGUUUAUGAUUGGAGAAUCUCUGUCAAUUCUCCUAUGAAGUUGGAAAACAGACUUCCCUGUCCUGCUGAAUUCACCAUUUGGGAAAAGAUAAAAGAAGGAAAGUGUAUUGAGCGCCAGAAUGGUAUGAUCUCUUCACGUGGCGGUGUUCAUAUAUAUUCAGCAGACAUUCAGAAACCGAUAUAUCUCACCUUGUUUGUUCAGGGUGGCUGGGUCAUGGAGAAGGGCCCCAUUCUUGUUUUGAAUCUAUAUUCUAAUGAUCAUGUCUCAUCAUUCUGGAUGGUUCACCAGAAAAGUAAAAGGAGACUGCGAGUGAGUAUUGAACGUGACAUGGGAGGGACCACUGCUGCACCUAAAAUGAUAAGGUUUUUUGUUCCUUAUUGGAUCAUUAAUGAGUCAUCUAUUUCUUUGGCGUAUCGAGUGGUGGAAGUGGAGCCUUUGGACAAUGCAGACCCAGAUUCCCCAAUUGUUUCUAGAGCAGUCAACUCUGCAAAGACAGCUUUAAAAAAUCCUACAAACUCCAUGGAAAGGAAGCAUUCAGCUGCAAGGAGAAACAUUCAAGUACUUGAAGUUAUUGAGGAUACUAGUCCUGUUCCUAACAUGCUUUCUCCGCAAGACUACAAAAGCCGCAGUGGAGCUAUGCUGUUUUCAUCUCAAAAAGAUGUGUAUCCGUCCUCUCGAGUUGGCCUUUCUGUUGCGAUUCGCCAUUCGGAAAUUUACAGUUCUGGAAUAUCUCUUCAUGAGCUUGAAAAGAAGGAACGGCUUGAUGUAAAAGCAUUCAGUUCAGAUGGAUAUUAUUACAUGCUUUCAGCGCGCUUGAACAUGACCUCAGACAGAACAAAGGUUGUGCACUUCCAACCCCACACAUUGUUCGUGAAUAGAGUUGGUUACAGCCUCUGCUUGCAGCAGUGUGAUUCUCAGGCAGUGACAUGGAUUCAUCCCACUGAUUCUCCAAAACCCUUCUGUUGGCAGUCUGGUUCCAAAGUUGAAAAGUUGAAGCUGCGGGUGGAUGGUUACAAAUGGAGUACACCAUUUAGUGUUUGUAAUGAAGGUAUUAUGCGUGUUUGCUUGAGGAAAGAUACUGGAAACGAUCAACUGCAGUUACGAGUUGGAGUAAGAAGUGGAGCAAAGAACUCAAGCCUGGAAGUUAUUUUCCGUCCAAACUCUUCCUUGAGUCCUUACAGGAUUGAAAAUCGUUCCAUGUUUUUACCCAUCCGUAUUCGGCAAGUGGACGGUACCUUUGAUUCAUGGACCUUCCUUCUUCCUAAUUCAGCAGCUUCCUUUUUAUGGGAAGAUCUUGGUAGAAGACGACUAUUAGAAAUGCUGGUAGAGGGGGCAGACCCAUUGAAAUCAGAGAUGUAUGAUAUUGAUGAGAUUUCUGAUCAUCCACCCAUUAAUGUGGGAAGUGGAUCCUCUAGAGCUCUGCGUGUUACCAUAAUAAAAGAAGAGAAAGUUAAUGUUGUCAAGAUCAGUGACUGGAUGCCAGAAAGUGAACCUACUGGAAUCUUAAGUAGAAGGCAUUCGUCAUCCCUCUCUCAGCUUUCUAAACAGCAACAAACAGCAACUUCCUCUGAUUGUGAAUUUCAUAUUAUUGUUGAGUUAGCUGAACUUGGGAUAUCCAUUAUUGACCAUACACCUGAAGAAAUCCUGUACCUUUCGAUUCAGAAUCUUCUUUUUGCAUAUUCAACCGGCUUGGGCUCUGGAGUCAGUAGGUUAAAACUUAGAAUGCGUGGGAUACAGUUGGACAACCAAUUGCCAUUAACCCCAAUGCCAGUUCUCUUUAGGCCACAUAGAGUUGGAGAGGAGAUGGACUAUAUCUUGAAAUUUUCUGUCACAAUGCAAUCCAAUGGGUCACUGGAUCUUUGUGUCUAUCCGUAUAUUGGUCUCCAUGGACCUGAAAAUUCUGCCUUUUUGAUAAACAUUCAUGAACCUAUCAUCUGGCGCCUUCAUGAAAUGAUUCAGCAGGUCAACCUUAGUCGGUUGUAUGAUACUCAAACAACUGCCGUUUCUGUUGAUCCAAUCGUUGAAAUUGGGGUUCUUAACAUAUCAGAGGUUCGAUUUAAAAUGUCAAUGGCUAUGUCACCUAGUCAGCGGCCAAGAGGUGUUCUUGGAUUUUGGGCAUCUUUAAUGACUGCAUUAGGGAACACUGAGAAUAUGGCAGUGAGGAUCAAUCAAAGGUUUCUUGAAAAUGUGUGCAUGAGGCAGAGUUCCAUGAUUAGUAUUGCUAUUUCAAACAUUCAAAAGGAUCUUUUAGGCCAGCCUCUACAACUGCUCUCAGGUGUCGAUAUACUGGGUAAUGCAAGUAGUGCACUUGGACAUAUGAGCAGGGGUGUGGCUGCCUUAUCAUUUGAUAAGAAGUUCAUUCAAAGCCGACAAAGACAGGAAAGCAAGGGUGUAGAGGACUUUGGUGAUGUUAUUAGAGAAGGAGGUGGAGCACUGGCAAAAGGCUUCUUCAGAGGAGUCACGGGCAUAUUGACAAAGCCACUUGAAGGUGCUAAGUCUUCUGGUGUUGAGGGUUUUGUUCAAGGUGUUGGAAAAGGAUUAAUUGGUGCAGCUGCACAACCGGUGAGUGGGGUUCUGGAUCUUCUGUCAAAAACUACUGAAGGUGCUAAUGCAAUGAAAAUGAAGAUAGCAUCAGCUAUAACUUCUGAAGAUCAACUCCUCCGUAGACGACUGCCGCGUGUAAUUAGUGGUGAUAAUUUACUUGGACCAUAUGAUGACUACAAAGCUCAAGGACAGGUUAUAUUGCAGCUGGCAGAAUCAGGUUCAUUUUUCCUCCAGGUUGAUCUAUUCAAAGUACGUGGAAAGUUUGCGUUAUCAGAUGCUUAUGAAGAUCACUUUUUAAUCCGCAAAGGAAAAGUUCUUGUGGUCACUCAUCGAAGAGUGAUACUGCUGCAACAACCCAAUACUAUUUCUCAGAAGAAGUUCAACCCAGCUAGGGAUCCCUGUUCGGUAUUGUGGGAUGUACUUUGGGAUGACCUGGUGACAAUGGAACUGGCAUUUGGAAAAAAAGACCACCCAAAAGCUCCACAUUCGCGGCUCAUUCUUUAUUUACGUGAUAGAUCAACCGAGAUGAGGGAGCAAGCUCGUGUAAUAAAGUGCAUCCGUGACACCCCCCAGGCUUUUGAUGUGUACACCUCAAUUGAACGAGCAAUGAACAUUUAUGGACCAAACAAAACAAAGGAAAGGCCAACAAAAAAUGUGACAAAGCCAUAUUCACCGCUUGCUGAUAGCACCGGUGCUGAAGUUAACCCAAAAGAAGGGCUUAGCUCCUUGUCACCCCGACCGAUGCCACUUCCUCGUUCAAUGUUUGGCAGGAGUGCCAACUGAGUUUUGAAAUCAUUUCUCGUGGGGAAAUAUGCUUUUUGGCUACCUGCUAUGGUUAAAUCACAAGAUCCAAAUUAAUAGGGUUUUGUUUAGCCAGCAUCGCGUCUGAUCUCUGUCUUUUUAGGUAAUGAAGAAUGAAGUGGUUUGUGAUGUAAGAACUCAUCCGAGGAUUACUAAACAUUGAUCUGUGACCAGGUUAUUACAAACUUGUACAGGUUUUGACAUUCCAUGUGUAUAUAUAUAUAUAUAUAUAUAUAUGUCUUAGAGUAGUCGAUGUAUACGUACAACUUUACUAAAGGCAGUCAGCUUAAAAGAUCUGCACACAUUGUAGGUCAGCUCCAUAUAUGAUGCAAUAUUAUUGACAGAUGGGCUUAGGAGGUAGAUUCCUAGAUGUUACACCUUGUUUCGUGUACAAUGUGUCUAUGAAUUGCUUUCAUAGAAAAAGUUUCAUCAAUUCAAUUA